AUGUACGCCGAAGUUGGUAGGAGAGCCACUGAGAAUGGCGCAAAAUUGGAGAAUAUUGGCGCUGGAAAGGUGAAUUUUUGAUUUUUUGUGGUAGGUUUUCGGCUCAAUAAAUUCGAAAACUCGAUAAAUUUUUCGGAGAAAUACUUGGAAAGCAAAAAAAUUCCAAAAAUGGUGUGAAAAAAACAUCAAAAAAAUGAGAGGAAAAAGUGAAAAUUUUUUUCAGAUUUUUUUUUCUGAAAAAAAGUAGUGAAAUCUAGUUUCGUUUGGCUAUUCCACUGAUAAUUGUUCAUUUCAAACUAUACUAGCCUCAGGAAGACUUUUCCGACCAAUUUUAUUCUGCGGGUAAAAGUUCAAAAUAUCGUCGGCGUGUGUGCAUGACUCCGUAAAUAAAGCCGAGGAGCUGUUUUUUUAAAAAAAUGUUUUUGAGCUCGUUCUUUUUUUAAUCGAUGUUUUUUUAUUGCUAUUUUCGACAAACUGUAUUUUUUUACUAUCUUUGGGAAAAAGAUAUAUUCCAAGCUUUAAUUAUUAUUUUUUUCAAUCAAUUUUUUUCCUAAUAAAAUGGAUGUAUUAAAACUCAUUUUCUGGUUUUUUUGAGUUGUUUCUUUCGAAAAAAACCCUAAAACAAGGUUUUACGACAAUUAAUUAUUUUUUUGAGUUUGAAAAAUUUUUUUGCAAACUUUGCCUUGAAUCAAUUUUUUUAAACUUCAAAACUAAUUCUCAGGAUUUUUUUAGGGGAAUCUGUCCAAUGUGUUACUUCUCAGAGAAUCGCAACUCAACGGUCUCGCUAAUUCUCACGGAGCACUCGUCGUGAAGGUAAUUGCACUAAAAAAAUCUAUAUUUCUACUGUUUUUUUCAUUUCAAAAAAACUCUUCACAUGAAUAAGUUGGGUAUUUUUGAUAUUUAUGUAAAUAAAUUUUUCACCAUUUUUUUCAAACUUGAAAAAAAUUUUUGGAAAAAAAUAUGUUAAAUAUCAGGUUCAUUUAUCGAUCGUGUAAAUCUCAUUUUUCCUGACCAGGAAACCUUUUUUUCAGCCUACGAGAAAUAUCUUUAUUUUUUUCUGGAAGGAGACCCUAAAGUACCCUUCAGAAAGUUUUUUUCAAAAAAAUCCAGAGGGGGGGCGGGAGUGAGAUUUCGCCUGAUCCUUGAAACGAUCCGAGAGAUCAUCGAAUCAAGUAGAAGCUUGUGGAAUCAAGCGUCGAAAUGUGUUUACAUCCCAUCCGUCUUCAUCAACACGUUGUCGAGUUUUGAGGUGUAACUAUGAUGUUUUUUUUCCAGACGACAAUGGCCGAGCCCGUCAAAAUCCUCGCCAAUCAAGUCAGAACGGAAACGUUGGCCAAGGUAAACUGAGAAAAAUAAGAUAUUUGUAAAACAAAUCAAAAUGACUGAAAACAAGAGUACGAAAAUGUUCGGGUUUGAAGGUUUUCAUGAAGUUUGACAUGUUUCAAAGAUUUUCAAGGUCUUGCUUUUAGAAUUUUAACGUUGUUUCUCAACAAAUGAAUAUUCACGAAUACAUGCAGCUUACCUUAAACGUGUGGAAUUGAGAAAUUCAUGUUUACCUUGAAAAUUUCAACUUUAAAUUUUUUUCUAGUAGGAAGGGUCUUGAAACGCUUUAUUAAAGGCGCAGCGAGUAAUUAUUACAAUUUUUUUCUGAUUUUUUUAAAAUACUAGAUCUAGUCUAUUUGCUAGUGAACUAGCUUUUUUUUAGGCCUAUAAAUCAUUUUUUUGAAUUUAAAGGGUCUUGACACGCCUUAUUAAAGGCGCAGCGAGUAGCCUGAACUUAUUUAAUUUUUUCCGACUUUCAGUUAUUUUUUUUUUGCUAAUCAGUAAUGAAAGUCUAUUUGUUAGUGAACUUGCUUAUUUCUAUAACUAUAAAUCAUUUUUCGAGUUUAAAGGGUCUUGACACGCUUUAUUAAAGGCGCAGCAAGUCGACUGAACCUAAACAUAGUUAUUUUUUUCGAUUUUUGAGUCAAUUUAUCAAACAAAAUUGAUUUCUAUUUCUCAUUUACGUCGCUUUUUCAUUUAAAAAAAAUUACUCCUUAUUUAUUCUUCACAUUAUUUCCUAUUUUAAUAUUCUGUCUGUUACCUGAAUUUAGAUCUUUUAAAAAAUUGCUAGUUCUGGAAAAAAUCAAAGGUUUCACGAUUCAUUUCUAAAACUCCACUAUCUCGUGUUUCCGAUUAUUUUCGAAAAAAUCCCCAACUCAACUUGAAAAAAAAAAAAAAUCCAACUAUUAGCCAUUCAACAAGCCUCGUAAACUUAUACGAGACAUCUGGCCAACCCGAAAUAAAACAAAAAAAAAGAGCUUGUCAGGGAAAAAUAGCAACAACAUCUCAAAAACCAACUUGUCCGGGGCUCGUUUUCUGUCUGUUUUCAAACAUUUUUUUUCCACGUCGGAAAAUCGAAUUAGCGAUGAUUUAGUUACGUGGAAAGUCUGUGUUGGAAUGACGAGUUGAGUGAGAGAAACUUCUUUUUUUAGAUAAAGGAGAGUCAUGAGGAAGAUUGAGACAUUGAUUAGGAAAAAUGAGGAAAAAUGAACCUUGAAAAAAAUAAGCAUCAAAAUUUCGUUAAGAUAACAAUUUUGAUUAAUUUUUAAAUACGAUCCAAGAUUAUUGGGCCGAAGCUUCUCAAUAUUUGUCAACUUUUUGAAGCAGGGAAGUGAAGUUCACGGUAAUAUGCAAUAUUUUUGCAAAAAAAGUGUUUCCCUCAAAAAGGAACAAUUUUUGAGGCUGUUCCUGCCAGGAAAGAUCUAGUUGGAACUGAGAAAAAUUUUUAAAAAUUCAAAAAUUUUUUCAGAUGCACAAUACGGAAUUGAGCGUAUACGAAGUUCUCGGCAACCAUUCUAACAGUCAGAUUCCUCAUCCGAAGGUGAGUUUCCUGUUUCUCAUUUUCAGAAACUACUAUAAAUCAAUGUUUCGGUCAUUAUUUCGUGUCCUGUCAAUUAUAAACGCUCAUUCCACAAUUUUUUGAGCUACAGAACCCUUCCCUUCGAUGCGCGCGGCUUGUCUCAAUAUAUGCGCCUUUAAUAUGACGGAUUUCUCUAGGCUAAUCUAUGUAUUUCGAGUGUCUGCGUCUCCCUCAUGAAACAUUGAAAUAGCGAGUCAAAAUGAGAGUGUCGCCGAGAGACGAGGAGGGCGCAGAGAAAUAUAUCAAGUCAUGAUAAACGGACUUUAAAGGCGCAUACACAACGGCAGUAGAUCGAAAAAAAGGGUCCUGUAGCUUGGAGCCGAAAUGGACCAUACAAUUUGAGAUCUACGCGAUGCAAAGAAUGAUCCCACCAUCACAAGGAUUCAUCGUCAUGCAGUACAUUGACCAGUGCGAACACGUCAGCGUCUACAGUAACCUCACGCCAGAUCAACUUAUUGAAGUAAUCAAUUAUCAUUUUAUCAGUUACAUAUCUCAUCCGUUAAUCUUUGUAACCAAGGAAUGUUCUCAGUUCGGGACUUCUGAAUGAGACUAGGCCCACUGAUGUAGUUUUUAUGCUGGUUCUGAAUCUGUGCUCAAAAGUUGCCUUCGAGACCUGUGAAAAAAGUUACAUCUGGGCUCCAGAACCUUUUUGAAAAAUAUUAAAUCAUUUUUCGUGACAAGGAGCCCAAUCGGAACCAACGAAUUUUUCGACUUUGAGAGCCCCUAACUUUUUUCACAGGCCUCGAGGGCAAAUUUCAAACACAUAUUCGGAAUCAGCGUAAAAAAACUACAUCUAGUAAGCCUAGUCUCAUUCAAAAAUCCCACUGUGAGCUGAGAACAUUCCCUGGUAAGUGUGACCUGUCUGCGCUCUCUUUUCUCUUGAACCUAAAAACAUGAAAAUAGCAUGUAAAUACGAGAGAAGAGACGCAGAGAAAUGAGAGUUUUGGCGAAAGAUCAUUCAAGCCAGUCUCUUGAUAAUGAUAAAUUUCGAAUCACGCCUUUUUGAAAAAACCCGAAAAAAUAGCCUCAAAAAUGAAAGUGCGCUCUAACGAACAGCUACCCUAAUCGGUCAGUAACUCGGACCUUGGUAAUGCGAAUCGGACGAGGCAUUUUUAGUGACCACUUUAGUAGCCACAGCACUCUUAAGUGAUCCCUAGAAUCGCCCACAAACGUCCGGAGCAUGUCCGUUUCGCGUUACCAAUGUCCGUGAAGAAACUAAGUUCGUUGGAGCGAAGUUUCAUGUUUGAUAAGAUGAUAACAAUCACCUUGAAGCCCUUAAAAGCCGCGGCGCGACUUCACGCGCUGACCUAUGAGAUGACGUCAUCUGAGCGUGACGUCAUACCAAAGGACCUCAUCACCUCCUGGUUUUCUGAGCUGUUUUGUGAAGAGGUGCGUUUGAAAAAUGGAAACUUCUCUGAAAUACCUUUUUUCAGAACAUGUUGGUAUUUCUAAACGGGUUGGAACGACUCGCCUCGGCCGGUCUUCUGACCCAAUCGGCCAUCGAAGCCAUUCCGGUCCUCAAAAAAGUCCUGACCAAUGAGAAUUUGCACAAGUUGGAGGCUCUUUCUUAUCAAUUAGGUGAGCAAGUUUUUUUUUUGGCUUACUUCGAAAUGAAUAAAAAAACGUAAGAAUUUUGAACUAUGGAGGUUGAGAAAGUACGUUUCAGCACACAAUUUUAAUCAAGUUAAUUAUCUGUAGCCCUAAUACGCAUAAAAUUUCAUCUCUGACAUGAGUUGUAACUGUAGUGUACUCGUAAUCCCUUGAGUUAACCCUGACCUCUGAAGCUCGGGGGGAAAACUUCAAACGCGGCAAACUGUUUUCCAAUUCGUUUUUAUUUAUUCUUUUUUGGACUUUGUUUGCGCUAUUUCUCUUUCAGUUGAACCAGCUUCUGUUGAAAUAUUCAAUAGCCCUAACCUUGUUUGAAUUACCUUUUUUCUUGCUGAUUAAAAAGCCCUUGUUGAACAAAAUAAUUGAAAAAAGAGAAUGUCAAACAAUGUUGAAAAAAGGCGGUAGGACAUUUAUUUUGCCUCAAUCAAAUAAAUUUCGCGAAAAUCGUUUGUUUUUUUUUUCAAAAAGGUCUUGUCUAUAAAGCGCUAAAUAUCUGGAUCUCUUAAAAAAUCGCGUUCUCUCAAAGAAAAAUAUGGUAACAUGCUGAAAUCUGAAGAAUUUUUCUCCGAAUGAAUUUCAUUUAUUUUUUCUUUCUUCUAUCUACAGUUACUUCAGUAAUAGGUCUCCCACUUUCUCAAGAACGCCAGAGGGGUCCUUUGAGGGGAAACAUUAGAAGCACUUGAAGGUUCUCUCUAAAAAUCCCUUUAUCUUCCCUUGUAGACGGCACUGAAGCUUGCAAAAGAGGCCCCUUUAGGGACGUGCUAUUCGUAUUUUUAUCAAUUUAUAAAUCUGAAAGGACAGUUAAAAAGCCCAUAUUGGGACCACUCAAGAUUUAGGGGCUUAGGGGUCAGAUCCUUAACCCCUAAAAUGACCACCUAAAUUUUGCAUCUCUAGGAAGUCCUAUUUUUUCCCUCUAGGGACCGCUUCGGCGUUCCUAGGUGUCCUAUAACUGUUUAAAUCUCUAAAAUUCAUUUUAUUUUCAAGGAAUGCGAGACGUACUUUGCCAUGGCGAUCUCUGGCCCCCAAACUUGAUGUUUCAGCAGGACGAGAAGGCUAAAUUAACAUUCAGAUGUUUUAUCGACUUUCAGGUAUAAAUAGCCUAAAACAAGCUAAAUCAGUAAAAAAUCUGGGAAAAUUGGCCACUAUAGAGGCUCGCCAAGGACUGCUUGGAGGGGACACCAAAAUGGCCACUAAACCCACCUCUAUAGUCUCUACAUAGUGGCCAAUUCAGUAGUUUUUUAUCCAGUAUUCCUUUCAUUAACUCUGAUAAUUUCAAAAAAAAAAAACAGAUUGGAUCCAUCGUCCCCUAAAGUGGCCACAAAAAUGUUCAGUGGUCUAGUAGUAGCACUUAGACCUCUAUAGUGGCCACUAAUUUUUAACCACUUAAGUGGACACUAAUUUGGCUACUAUAGUGGCUACUUAAACGUCAAAACCCUGUAGUGGCCACUUAAAAAUUUCCCAGUAUUCUUGGAAAUUGCAGACGGCGAAUAUGGGAUGCGCGGCACAGGACAUUUGCCGACUAUUAGCCACUUCUUUAAGUGGAAAGGUGAAUUUUUCACGAGGAAAGUGUGCUCUAUGGUUAGGAGGUUGUAUUAUUCAUGAGUCUAAUGUCUCAGAAGAAAAAAAUUUUUUUAAUUUGAAAAAAAUAUUCACAAAAUCACGAUUGAAUUAAUCUUCAUAGGGCUCUAAAUAGUCAAGAAAAUGUAGCUUUUGAAGUGGAUCCUUCAUUUUUCUUGUAUCGACAAGAAUAUUCAGGACAGAAGAGACAGUUGUGAAAAUCUGCUGGCCAUUUAUUACGAUGAGCUAGCCAAAGCUUCACAUCCUCAUCAACCCCCAUUCACCGUUAAACAGGUGAUUUUUCCUGAGUAUAGUAGAUUGAAGAUAUUUUUUUGAAGACUUUUUAUGGAACAUUUUUGUUUUUUUCUUGUGAUAGAAUUUCAGGUUUUUUGGACUAUUUCACCGUUCAAAUUUUUAUUUAUUAUCUUUAUCGUUUCAAAAAGUUCAAAAAAAUCGAAAAAGAUGACUUCAUGGUUUUUUUAAAAAAAUCUUUUUUUAGGGUAAUGACAUUUGAAAAAAAUCUUUGAAUAAAAAAACAAUAUUUCAAUAGAUUUUUGAUUUUGACUUGAGUAAAUAAAUUGAAAAUUUCAGGUUCUGAUCGAAAUUUUUUUGAAAAGUCUCGUGAAAUUGAAGAAAGGUCCAAAAAAAGGGCGAAAAGGUUCAAAAAAACUAAAUACUUUUUCAGCUCCUCGUCGCCUACCAAACGUACCUGCCAUUUGCCUCGGCUGUUUUUUGUCUACCUAUUUCUUUGGGUUUUCUUGGCAGGACCCAAAAAAUGGAGGACAACGAGUUGAGAGCGCAGGUUCUUUUCAUUUUCCAGAAAAUAAUAACUUUAAAUGAUUUCCAGAUGGCCGAAGUGAUGAGCGAAAAGUUCUCAGCGCUUUUGGAAGACGCCGCGACGUUUUGGAACAAAUUUGAAUGA